AUAGGUCAGGUUGCGCGCCAUCAUUAGUUUCGUUACUUGGUCGGCUCGACCGUUUCAUCGUGCGUCCUAUCUUUUCUCUAUGUUCUAGAUUGUUCACUUUUAGUUGCAGUAUCUCUUUCUUCACCGGCUCACUGAAAACAAAACGUGUAUCAUAUAGGGCUUCUAGUGGAUUAUGUUUGGACCACACCCACCAAAAUCUUUGGGUUACUGCAUGAAACUUGCGCUACAUGAGACCCUUCAUAAUAUAAACCAAAACAUAUGUUUGACGACUAGGCUGUCAAGAACCAGUUAUGAGGAUUUGGUUGAAAUGAUUUCUCAGUUAAAUCAACUGUGUAUCACUACGUUUGAAGAACAGUGUUCUUUCGUAAAGUUCGCUUUGAAAAAACAACAGGAAAACCUUUUCUGGCGAUUAUCGGCUAAAGUCUUCUGUAGAAUUGUAAGCUAUUUGAAUGAACUUCGAGAAUACUAGUCAAAGAAAAACCGUUCAAUAUACAGAACUUUUGAGCUUAUCGAAUUUUUGCGGUUAUAUGAUGAGAUUAUCCGCUUCAAGUCACUGAUUGAUUCUCAACCUGAGAUGCCGUAGCUUGUUGUUUAAUCAAUAUAUCUAAUAUUCUUUAGGGAUUUUGCUAAGGAAAUUUCUAAUGAUCCUUGUUGUAUCUGCUUGGAUAGAGAGCCCGACACUGUUCUUGCUUGUAUGCACUCAUUCUGUCAACCAUGCAUUAACAAAUGGGCCGGAAUUAGUUACCAGUUGCCGUCAGCAAGUUCAGAAUCGUCUGUUUCUGGUCAAGGAUCCAGCAGCUGCAGACCUUCAGAUGUUAAUCGCACGCAGUGCCCCAUCUGUAGGUCUACGUACACAAAUACCUCUACAUCUUGGGAGUUGAUUGGCAUUCAGUCUCCAAAAAAUCAUAGAUAUCAAAUCUCAGGUAUUGUUUUUCGUUUAAUCUCACGUACUGGUCGACCGUCAGAUACAUUUCCUGAAGUUGAUGAUAAUGGUACUGAUUCCAAAGAAGAAACAUCUUUCACCGUUAUUGGCCAUAAACAUAAUCCAACAGAGAAUGUUUAAAUUGUCUAUUAGUUUCAUUGUAACACACUGUACAGUAACUUCAGAUUACUACACACUUUACUCCUAUCUUCAAUAACACAUUACAUCUGAUUUUUUAUGAGCACAGGUGUUUGAAAUACUUAAUCAAAGUUUUCCACUGAACGAAGAAAUGAUAUAGUAACCACCAACCUUUUACCAAAGCCUUGAGAAAAGUAUAAAAGUUAAUUAAUACUUUUCAUAAUUUCCUGAUCCUUAUAUUUAUGACAUUUGAUAUGUAUGAUUAAACUCUCUACUUAUAUUUGGAUAUAUGUUUGUCCAAUUUUGAAUUCUAAGCAAGUAAAGUUGAGUCACUUAUUUCCUCUGGUUAAAUCUGAAAAAUUCUUUUCCGUAAAUUACCGACUCUAAUAUUAACCAAACGAAGUAAAAAUUGACAUCACGUGUUAGAUUCAUUAUCAAUAAAUAAAUGAAGUCAUUCAUUUAAAUUAACAUAAAUACCAAACGGAAUCAUACUUUGAUUUCUAAUCAUAUAACACUAUCGCCAUUGUUAACUACCGUUUAAAUAUCCGGUUCUCGUAUUAGGAUUUCACCACUGUCAGUUUUUCAAAUCUCACAAUGUGCGUCGUAAAUUUGACCAAAUAUUUGGGAUUAUUUUUCCAGUCACUGAUUAAAUGAGAGAGAUCUUAAAACUAGAAAUGAAGAUUUAUACUAAUUUAUGCAACAUAUUCAUCUUAUGAUAGAUGCUUAGAUGACGUGAUAAUUUCCUAAGAAAAAUCUGUCUGAAGAAUCAUCGGUGAAAGUUGCAUUACGUAUUACAUAAUACGUGUGGUUUAAAUCAACUACGUAGAACGAAACGACUAACAAAUAUUUCUCUGUCUUCUGUCAAUAUAAAUUAGUUUUGUGUUGGUUGACAAAAACUAUCUUUGAAGACUGAGUUUAAGUCAUAAGAUUAAUAGUCUGUAGUAUAAUGACAUAUAUGAAUUAUUAUAAGUUGCUUCUCACGGACAUCAUAUGAAUAUAUUAGUAUUAGUCCCUUUUGAUUGAUGCUUAAUACGUUCAGUUUGAAUCUCUUGUUUACUCAGUGUUAUUAUUUAGUUUAGUGGUGGAUUGUUCAGCUUAAAGAUUAAUUUUAAUUAUUUAAACGGGUGUAAAAAGUAAGAGUAUAAAAUGGUGUCUUCGUUUGGGACUUGAAUCUGACUUAAUUGUGAUGAGAUCUAAGUAUCCUGAGCUCGACCUUAUGUAAGAGUGACUGUAAGGGUUUUCUACUUUUGAUAUCAAUCUGUGAUAAAAACUGACUUUCUAUUGGAUCUUAGUCAUUUGUUUCUAUGUUUCUUUCUUGAGUCCAACUUUUAUUGUGAAAUUAGUUUCUUCAAUUUCUCAUAUUAUUAUUUGUAUUGACUAUUUCGAAAAUUCUAUUUUCAUUUCUUCAACACAAUUGUACACACUUGAUUGAUUUAUCAAAAACUUUCAUCUAACCAAUUUAAUUUAUUGAAUCAUAUGUUAAUGUAUCCAUUUUUCGCAUGAAUAGUAGAAAAGUAAUACCAUGUGGUAUUAAUGACCUUCAAAUUACUUUGAAAAACAAACACAUUUUAUGUUAAACCUCAAUUGUUUUCAUUUUUAAUUAAAAUAAAUCUGUUCAAAAGAAUUCAAUAA